UGGCCUCUCUCUCGCGGAGAGCAGGAGCUGAAUCGUUGGCAGUAAAGAAUUAUCAUCUCAAAUUAACCGGUUAUCUGUUGGACAAAACUUUAUUUUACGAUGCAGAAGAUAAAGUCACUUAUGGCCCGGCAGGGUCUGAAAAGCCCACAGGAGAGCAUGGCAGACCUCAGCCCUGUGGAGACCUUCAGGAUCCCAAGCAAGGAGGAGUUGAGGGAGAUGAGGGAGCAGCCCGUCGACUCCCAGGCGGAGCAGGAGAUCAUUAACAGCAUCCAGGAGAUCUACUACUCCAACGACUCCUUCCACAUGGUGCAGCACGAGCUGGAGAAACUCCCACCUGAGCUGAACCUGCAGGAGCUGGAGGAGUACAGAGACAAACUGAAGAGACAACAGGCAGCGGUUUCCAAAAAGGUUGCCCAUCUUAUCCUGGAGAAGCAGCCGUCCUAUGUCAAGGAGCUGGAGAGGGUGACGUCAUUACAAACCAACCUACAGCUGGCUGCAGUGAUAUGCACCAAUGCUAGGAGGCAGCUGAGUGUUUCCAAGCAGGACUUCACCGAGUCCAACCUGGGCCUCCUAGCCAAUCAUAGGAGGAGACAGCUGCUCACAGGACUGCUGAAGUCACUGAGGACCAUCAAGACCAUGCAAAGGACUGAUGUUAGACUCAGUGAGAUGCUGGAGGAGGAGGACUAUCCAGGUGCCAUCCAGUUGUGUCUGGAAUGUCAGAAGGCUGCCAGCACAUUCAAACACUACAGCUGCAUAAGUGAGUUGAAUUCCAAGCUACAAGACACUCUGGAGCAGAUCGAGGAGCAGCUGGAUGUGGCCCUGUCAAAAACCUGCAAGCACUUUGACGUCUCCCACUACACCAGAGUUCAGCUGGCAUACACCUUCCUGGGAAAAAGCCAGACGGCCAUGGACCAGGUCCACAUGCACUUCACCCAGGCCAUCCACAACACUGUGUUCCAGGUGGUUCUGGGAUACGUGGAGCUCUGCGCUGGCAACGCCGACACCAGGUUCCAGAAGAUGCAGUACAGGGACCUCUGCACGCACAUCACUCCAGACAGUUACGUUCCCUGCCUGAGCGACCUGUGCAAGGCAUUAUGGGAGGUGAUGCUCAGCUAUCACCGGACCAUGCAGUGGCACGAGGAGCACAACAAGGAGGAGGCUGCAACCGCCACAGAUGAGACGGGUUCUGCAGACACCGAGGAGGCGGUUGUGGACCACAGCUAUGUGAAGAAGAAGCUGGAGCAUGGACUCAAUCGAAUCUGGCAGGAAGUCCAGCUGAAAGUGAAAGCCUAUCUGCUUGGGACAGACAUGUCCAACUUCAAAUACGAUGACUUCAUUGUGGUCCUGGAUGUUAUCAGCAGGCUGAUGCAAGUGGGGGAGGAGUUCUGUGGUAGUAAGUCCGAGUUGCUGCAGGAGUCCAUUAAAUGUCAAAGUGUCAACUACUUCAAGAACUAUCACAGGACGCGCCUGGAGGAGUUGCGGAUGUUUCUGGAGAACGAGACGUGGGAACUGUGUCCUGUCAAGUCUAACUUCAACAUCACUCAGCUCCACGAGUUUAAGUUCUUGGGUCAGUACCGGUCCCCCUCAGUGUCUCCCAAUAGACAGGUGUUGUCCAGCCAGGACCAGGAAGUCCUGUCUCUUUUUGAGCACUUCAGCCAGGAGGGGAACCCUUUUGAGAGGCACAUCGACAACGAGGAGACUGAGGACGUGCUGGCCUCCAAUGGAUGUGAGUCAGAUGAGCUGGAGAGGUGUGUGUACCAGGACUACGACAGUGACAGUGACGUCCCUGAUGAACUCAAACAGGACUACGUGGACGAGCAGACCGGAGACAUCCCUCUCAAGAGCAGGAAGAAGUCAGACUACAGUCUUAACAAGGGCGCCAAUGCGCCCAUCCUGACCAACACAACCCUCAAUGUGAUCCGCCUGGUCGGAAAAUACAUGCAGAUGAUGAACAUUCUGAAGCCUAUAGCCUUUGAAGCCGUCCACUGUGUUUCCCAGCUGUUUGAUUACUACCUGUAUGCUGUCUACGCCUUCUUCGGCCGCAACGAUAUGUAUGAGUCAUCAGGUCUGGGUCUGAUCAGCAGCCGACUGAGAACAACACUGAACAGAAUCCAGGAGAGACUCAUCCAAAUGGAGUCUCUGGGGGAAGGCGGCUCCAGCGUCCACGGUUGUCCGGUGGAGGAGAGGAAGGAGAAGGUACCCAGCCCUCACCUCAGCCAGCUGGUUGUCCUGACAGCCAGCGAGACACUCUACGGCCUUGCCCAGAGGGUGGUCGCCACAGAGUCGCUGGUGUUUCUGGCUGAGCAGUUUGAGUUCCUUCAGUCUCACCUGGAUACUAUGAUGCCUGCAGCCAAGAAGCCAUUCCUCCAGCAGUUCUACUCACAGACUGUCUCCACGGCCAGUGAGCUACGUAAACCCAUAUACUGGGUCGUGGCGGCCAAGGCUUUAGACUACGAACAGAUGCUGCUGCUGAUGGCUGGAGUUAAGUGGGACAUUAGGGAGAUAAUGUCGCAGCACAACGUGUACGUGGACGUCCUGUUAAAGGAGUUUGAGGAGUUAAGCAAGAGGCUGGGUGAUGUGUCCAGACACGUCCAGAUCCCUCUGCCUGUGUCUAACGUCCUGUGGGAACACUGCAUCCGUCUGGCCAACAGGACUCUGGUGGAAGGCUAUGGUAACGUAAAGAAGUGCAGUAACGAGGGUCGGGCCCUGAUGCAGCUGGACUUCCAGCAGUUCCUGAUGAAGCUGGAGAAGCUGACAGACAUGAGGCCCAUCCCUGACAAGGACUUUGUGGAGACCUACAUCAAGGCCUACUACCUGACUGAGAAUGACAUGGAGGAGUUUAUCAAGAACCACAGGGAGUACUCCAUGAAGCAGCUGACCAACCUGGUGAACGUGUGUCUGGGCUCUCACAUCAACAAGAAGGCCCGGCAGAAACUCCUGGCAGCCAUCGACGACAUCGACAGACCAAAGAGAUAGAGACAGACAGACAUGGAUAUUGUAUUUAAGGUGGUUUCUAACCAUGAGACUCAAUUUUAGAAUGCCCUAGGGUUGCAAAAUACCAUAAACUUUCCCAAAAUUCCCCGGUUUUCCAGAAAUCCUGUUUGGACGAUUCCUGAUAUUUCCUUAUUACUCCUGAUUCCAGGAAUAUUCCAACUGGAAUUUCUGGAAAACCUGGGAAUUGUAAGAAAGUUACUGCAAUUUUGCAACCCUAGAAUCCUCAUAAACCCACCAGGAACAGAAAAUAAGCAAUGAAACUUCUGCUAACAAAUACACUCAUACAAGCGUGUUUCAGUUAUCUGACAGUUACUCAGUACAUAUAGGCUACUAUUCUACAUGCCACUCAUGGAUAUCCGAUAUCCACAAACAUGCUGCUUACAGUUUUGCUGCGUUUUGUAUGUUACCACGGAGAUGCUCUGUUCUCCUGUUCAUCGUGAAUAUACAUGUUUAUGAGGAAGGACUCUGGUUUUUAAGAUAAACUACUUGAAAUGCUGAAUGAUGCUCCAUGACAUGUGAAUCGACUGGCAGACGGUUUUAUUUUUCUCCUCCUGUUUGUCGAUAGCAUAAUGUGUUUCUGUAAACAGCUCAGGAGCAACGCCGGCCCUGGGGAGAAACUGAAUUGUUUAACAUUUUCUUUUUUACUUGUAUGACUAUUAUGUGACAGAUAUUGCUGAGUUGAGAAAACGGCCCAUUUUCCAUUGAAAUCCAGAUAGUGUAUUUCUCCUGGUAUCACAUGCAUGCACAAACGCAGUUUGUGAAAAAGCAUGGGAUGUUAAUUGAAGUACUUUCCUUUAGGGUUACGCCUAUGGAGACAUCUAGUCUAGUGCCCUUUAAGAGUCCAUUAAUGAUGAUGACAGCAUAGUUUUUUCUGUUGUUCCAGUUGUCCCCCCAGACACUGAUCUUGGGUCAGUUUAGCAUUUCCCCCACUAAUGUUUAAGGUUAGGAUUGAGGGAGGGGAAGCUGAUCCUAGAUCUGUACCUAAGGGAAUCUUCACCCCGGAGCUUGUUCCAGUCCAGGACUAUUACUGUACCUGGGCUGUUUUUGUUACGUCCAUAAAUGAUUUAUCCUGAUACACUGAGUAAAAAUUAUAUGUUGUCAUCUUGUCACUAAUAAAAUGCUUUGUUGUACACUGAGUGCACAAAACAUUAUGAACAACUGCUCUUUCCAUGACCUAGACUGACCAGGUGAAUCCAUGUGAAA